UGUCAUGGCUGCGCCCUCGUUUUCAUGCGUGGUCUGUAACGGUGUGUUGACAUAAAAAGAACUAAAGCCAGUCAAGGUAGUACUAUUUUGUCAUCGUUUUUAAUUAUAGUUGUUGUAUUGUUGUUUAUUAUUUACUACGCCAAUUGAGUCUGACAUUUUUACGUGCAUUUUCUAUAUAGUUGGUUAGAGUGCGUCGGCACAUUGCUGCCAGCUAACUUCACACAUAACGCCACGCUUUUAACAGCUCCGUUUGAGGGAGGCAAUUCAACGUAUUGGCUUGACUCGGUAUAUAUUUGUAGGAAAAUGAAAAUAAUGAAGAUGAAACCCAGAAACACGCGUAUGUCCUCCGGGCUGAUAAAACCAGCCAAACGGAGCAUCCACAUGAAAGGCAAAUGGAAAGCUAUAGAGGUCGAUCCCAGUGUCUUCUCCGAGGAGGGCAUGGAGGGCCUGGUGUGUUUUGAAGAGCUGACAGAUUAUCGGUUGGUAGACUCUGAAAAGGCAGCAGCUAAUGCAGCAAAGGAACUCGCAAUGGAGAAGAAGAAGAUGAUAAAGAAGAAGAAUAAAACGAAGAAGAGAAAAGCCAGCGAGGGAGAGGAGGCUGGAGAGAAGGUAGAUGUGGAGAAGAAAGAAGAAGAGAAUACAGCUGAACCAGCAAAGAAGAAAGCCAAAAAGAGGAAGAAGAAGAAACCAGCUGCACAGCAAUCAGACCAAGCAGAUAAUACUACUGAAGAAGUGAUACAGAAGGAUGUAGCUGCAGCUGAGGAGAAAAGAAAAGAUAUUCCAGAAGAUGCCUCUAAAGAUACAGCAGUUAGUUCAGAACCUGAUGCUCAAUUAAAACUCACAAAGAAGAGUAACAAAAAGAAGCAAAAGAAACGGAAGCAGCGCAUAAAAAAGGAUAAAAUAUUAGAGGCACCGCCAAACCAGGAGUCCACAUCAGAACUUCAGUCUCUGGAAAAAGAAAAACCCACUCAAGAUAAAGUUACAAAGCAUCCCAAAAACAAAAAGCAGAUAAAGAAUUGGACAAAUGCAGCAAUGACUGGCUCUGAUGACAAACAUGCUGAUGUAAGUGCCUGGAAGGACCUGUUUGUCCCCUCCCCAGUGCUAAAGGCACUGAGCAGUCUUGGAUUUAGCUCACCGAGUCCUAUACAAGCCCUGGCUUUGCCUCCGGCCAUCAGGGAUCGUAUGGAUAUAGUGGGGGCGGCUGAGACAGGAAGUGGGAAGACACUGGCUUUUGGUAUUCCCAUGAUCCACACCAUCAUGGAGUGGAAGAACAGUUCAGAAAAGCCAGUUGAUGACGACACUGAAUCAACCACAAAGGUGGAGAAUUUGUAUUUUCCAGCUGUAGAUGAGUCCACAAUAGAAGAACACGAGGAGGACAACAUGGACGCUGAGGGAGAAGAGGGUGAAAGCGUCACAGAGCAGGAUCAGAGUGACACAGAUGAACAUGACAGCGAAGAAAAAGAUGAUGAUGAGAGGCUUGGGUGUGUUGAAGUAAUCGAAAAUGUCGAGUUUGACUUUGACCCCACCGCUGAAGCAGAAGAAGAACUUGCUGGUGGUCGCAUUCAGCCUCUGCUUGGACUGGUGCUCACACCCACCAGGGAGCUGGCUGUUCAGGUCAAGCACCAUAUUGAUGCUAUCACAAAAUUUACAGACAUCAAAACAGCAAUAGUGGUGGGUGGAAUGGCACAAGAGAAACAACGAAGGAUGCUGAAUCGAAGACCAGAAAUCGUUAUUGCCACUCCAGGACGUCUGUGGGACUUGAUCCAGGAGAAGCAUCCACAUCUGCUAAAUUUAAGACGGCUCAAGUGCCUGGUCAUUGAUGAAGCAGAUCGCAUGGUAGAGCGAGGCCACUUUGCAGAGCUGCAGAGUCUGCUGGAGAUGCUGAACACAGUUCAAUUUAAUCCCAAGAGGCAGACUUUUGUGUUCUCUGCCACACUGACCAUGGAUCGCAGCCUGCCCACCCGCCUUCUGCAGAAGAAGAAGAAGAAGCAUCUGGACCAGAGGGGAACGCUGGAAGUUCUCAUGGAGAAAGUUGGGAUCAGGUCCAAACCCAAAAUCAUUGACCUGACCAGGAAGGAGGCAACUGUAGAGACCCUGACUGAGACCCGAAUCCAUUGUCAGAAGGAAGACAAGGACUUCUACCUUUAUUACUUUUUGCUCCAGUAUCCUGGCCGCACCAUGGUGUUUGCCAACAGCAUAGACUGUAUCAAGAGACUGAACUCUCUGCUGGUUAUCUUAGACCGGACUCCACUGCCCCUUCAUGCCAACAUGCACCAGAAGCAACGCCUCAAAAACCUGGAAAGGUUUGCUGAGAGGGAGAGUUGUGUUCUGCUGACUACUGAUGUGGCAGCUCGGGGACUGGAUAUCCCAAACGUUGAGCAUGUCAUUCACUACCAGGUUCCCAGGACGUCUGAGACUUACGUCCAUCGGAGUGGCAGAACAGCGAGAGCAGCCAAAGAGGGUCUGAGUUUGCUGCUAAUUGGCCCAGAUGACAUGAUGAACUUCAAAAAGAUCUACAAAGCUCUUGGGAAGGACGAGGAGGAGCUUCCCAUGUUCCCCAUAGAGAUCAAAUGCAUGGAAGCCAUCAAGGAGCGGGUAAACUUGGCCAGACGGAUAGAGAAGAUUGAGUUCCACAACGGCAAGGAGAAGCAGCACAACUCCUGGUUCAGAAAAGCAGCCGAGGCCCUGGACCUGGACCUGGAUGAUGAUCUUUUAAUUGGUGGGGCAAAGGAUGAAAACGAUGACCGAGAGCAGCAGAGGGCGGUAAAGGGGAUGAAAAAGCAUUUGAAGCAUCUGAGCUCCCAGCCGGUCUUCAAGAAUGUGUUUUACAACAAGUACCCCACUCAAAUGGGAAAACUCUCCCUGCCUCACAUGCCUCAAGCUGGGAGGGGAAAUGCCCUCAACAGGGUUUCAAUACAGGAGAAGAAACAGAAGUUAAAGAAAGGUGUUGCAAAAGAGCAGCCGCAAUGACGUGUAAAUGGAAUGUGUAUUUAGAGAGGCCAUCUCUAACAUGGUGUAGGUAAUUGUUAAUUUAUGUAAAUGUUUUACAUAAAUUAAUUGAAAUACUUAUCGCACAAUGUGCAAAGAAAAUGUAUUUCCAAAUGUUGUUGAGUCGCUGUACACUGCAAGCCUUUAUAAAAAUCUGUUUUCACAAGUGUCUCAAAGCCCAGUUGGGAUUUUUAUUCCACCAAAGUCAAUGUUCCUGAGUGGAGCUGAGUCCUCGUGGGCCUCUGGUCAGUGUUGAGGACGCGGGUAGAGAAUGUUAUAAUGUGACGUUUGGUAGAGGAGGUGCAGGGAGGGUUCAGCACCUUCUGGAAUGACGUGGUGAGCCAACAGCUGUUCAUCGCCCUCCAUAGAGACGAUGUGGAUGCAAAUAUCCAGGGCCUGUGACAGAGCUAAGAUGUCCACGUGAUCACACUCCAUCGCCAUGGUCUCCACUUCCUGAAUGAAGAGAGCGAAGACAUUACCAAACCUGACAGUUAUAUUUUUCUUGACUAAUUUUUUUUUUUGUAAAAGCUAUUUUGUCCACUAAGUUGCAGCAGCACUUUGUUACAAACUUGGUGACAGUAGACAAGUAGAUUAGGCGCCUCCACAAAGUUGCAGAAGAAGUCCGCCUGGUUUUGCAGGUGUGCUGAAGUGAGCAGCCGGAGAUACUGCACCACGCUGUCAGACGUCAUCUGCUCAUUGAAGAGCCUGAGCAGCGUGUCUUCCUGCUCAUCAGCCUGGCACUGCUCCACAACGUUAACAACCUGCAAGAGAACGAGGUAUUAACACACAUGGGUUUAAACUAGUUCUACAAGUGUGCCUCGAAUACUUUUUAUUUUAAUUCCCUGCACCUUUUUUAAAAAGCAGAGAGAUCUAUGAGCAGAUCAAAUGAGAAACCGAUGUAUGAGUGCCCAAAGACUUUCGAGAUGCCCAAUUGGUUUUAACUUGCAAUACUUUUACCAGAUGAGUCAUGUAUAACAGAGACCCUUCAUAUGUAAUGAAAUGUUGUUAGAACGGUGACGUUCCUAUCCAGAAGACAACCAUAAAAACCUUCUCACUUA